AUGACUCUCAGAUUUCGCCAACAUGGUUGCAUAUUUAUGGCUGUCGGUUCCCAUUCUCAUCUAUCUGCAUGCGUGGCCAAGAACUUCCGAGUCUAUCCCGAUUGGCAAUUGAAGAACUUCAACUUCACCAAACUGAACACGAUCUUGGUUGAGUGGAAGUUUCUUCGACUGCUGUAUAAGAGAGUUGCUGGUCCAAAGAUGGAUGAGGUGCUUGGCGAGCAAGUCAGCGAGUCCCCAUCUGACCAGAUUGGCUGCAUGGCCGUUGACGGAUGA